AUGUUAGGACAGCUUUUGCUUAUAUUCGGUUCCAUAUGGUUGGGACAACAUUUAAUACAUAAUGCACGACGAUUCAUCAAGAGUAAGAGUGAGAGAACUGAUUCAACUGAAGACAAGAUUAGCAAGAGAACUGAUUCAACUGAAGACAAGAUUAGUACACUACCCGAUGAUUUGCUCGUAAAGAUAUUGUUGCUUCUACCUACAAAAGAUGCAGUGUCUACAGUGGUUUUGUCGAAACGAUGGCGGUCUAUUUGGACGAUGCUACCGGAACUCGAGUACAGAGAUACUGAAUAUAAACAAGGAAGGAAAAAAAACAUGUGGUGGUUUCUUAACGAGCCUAGUUUAUGGUGGUUUCUUAACGAGUCAAUGAAACUCCAUAAGGCCCAUGUUUUAGAAACUCUUUGUGUACAACUCGGUCCUGGAUGUCCUAUUGAUGUUGAUGUUAUAAAGUGGAUUGCAGAUGCAGUUGAUCGCAAAGUGCGAAAGCUAGAGUUCAAGCUAAGCUGGUUGUCAGAGCCUAUCAGGUUACCAGAUCGCCUUUACGUAUGCAACACGCUCGUCUUUCUUACUAUCUCCGAUAAGAUUUUGGUGGAUGUUCCUUCUGUGGUUUGCUUUCCAUGUCUAGAAAUUCUUUGCCUCUUCUCUGUGGUGUACAAAUAUGAAGAUGCUCUUGUUAGGCUUUUAUCUGGUUGUCCUAUUCUCAAGCAUUUAGGUGUGGUCUGUAACGAAGAGCUCCCACUUUGUUUCAACCCACCGAGUUCUGUUCCAGAGUGUUUGUUAAACCGUCUCGAGAUCUUUGAGUGGAAAAACUAUAAAGGAAGAAACGGAGAGAAAGAAUUGGUGAGAUAUCUACUUGCCAACUCGGAGUGUUUAAAGAGAGUUGGAAUCUCCAUCGCACCAACCUGGAGUAGUGGUAGAGUUAAAAAGGAGUUGAAAUCAAUGGCAAGGCUUUCAGCAUCAUCUCAUCUUCUCUUUUCUACUCAACUCAAGUUUGAGUACUCUAUUCAAGGUGAGACUCAGUGUCCAUUCAAGGUGUUCAUUGAAGGUGAAACCUAUGACGAGGCCCGGUCCUAUUAUAUAUGA